AUAACAACAACAACAACAACAACAAACAACAACAAAAAUAUAUUGAGAAAUUAAAUGAUUUUUUAUUUGUUGUUUUUGAUAAUAAUAAUAAAACUGUCGUCGUGUCUUUCUCUGUUCCUCUCUCUCUCUCAUUUUUGUCUCAUCAUCGUCAUCAUCAUCAACACAUUAUCAUCCAUGAUUAUAUGACGCAUUUCAUGAUCAUUUAUAAACAUUUAUUUGAUGAUUGAAAAAAAAAAUAUCAUUACUGUAGUGGUAGCCAAAAGUGAAUAAUGUCUGCCAAAAAGCUUGAAAUUGAUAAUCUUAAAAUAUUUACCUUGAAUUGUUGGGGCCUAAGAUAUGUAUCAGAUCAUCGGCAAGUACGAAUCAAAUUAAUAGCUCAACAUUUAGUCGAUCAAGAUUAUGAUGUUGUUUUUUACAAGAAGUAAGUUUGGAUACAAUCAGACUUUGAAUAUAUUCGAACAAAAACAAAAUCUAAAUAUCGAUUUGCUCAUAUGUUUAACAAUGCAAGCCUUCUUGGAACAAGUGGUCUUGUCAUUAUGGCCAAAUGGACACCACAAUUUAUCCAUUUUCAUCCAUAUAGUAUAAAUGGAUCACCAUUUCGUCCAUUUCAUGGUGAUUGGUUUUCAACCAAAGGUGUUGCAUAUGUUCGUAUUGAAUUACUUGGAUUAAAUUUACAUUUAUUUUCUACACAUAUGCAUGCUCAAUAUGAUCUUAAUGAAAAGAUAAUCGAUCAAUAUUCUAUUCAUCGAAUUUGUCAAGCAUAUGAAUUGGGUAAAUUUAUUAAUCUAAUGUCAUGUAAUUGUACGAAUACUGGAUCAAAAGAUUUGAUUAUAUUGGCCGGUGAUAUGAAUACUUCAUCGAAAGAAUUACCAUAUAAAAUGUUGAUCGAAUUGACCGAUUUGAAUGAUUGUUAUAAACUUCUUCAGAUUGAUCAACAACAAAAACGAUCAUUGAAAUGUAAUAAUAAUAAUAAUAACAAUAGUAUGGAUUUGACAACAAAAACAUCGACACCGAAUAAACGUAUAAAUAAAAUGAAAAUUCAAGAAUCAUCUAUUGAUCAUGAAUCCAGUGAUGAAGAAUUGACCACUUGUGGACAUCGUGAUAAUACAUUUACACCACAACAAAAUCUAAAACCAGAUGAAAAAGCUGGUAAACGUAUUGAUUUUAUUUUCUUCAAAUUACGUGAUUCAUGUUCACCAUCCGUAUCUGAUCAUCAUCGAAUUCUACAUAAUCGUUUGAAUGAUAAUGGAAUUAGUACUAUGGAUAUAUUGAAGAAUAAUAUGGAAACCAUUCUACCUAAUGAUGUGAUUCCAUCGAACAAUAAUCUAAUUGAAACGACACCAUUUUUAAUGUGUUUACCGGAAAAAAUGAACAUUGUUGCCAAAGAUAUUACUGGCUUAUCAUUUAGUGAUCAUCAACCAGUAGUGGCAAAAUUACAUUUUACAUGGAAAACAAUCCAGGAUAUUGUGAAUGAAUCAAAAGAUUUAGGUAAUAAUCAUCAUCAUAGUGAUAAUAAACAAUUUAUGAAUAAUAAUAUGGAUGAAGAAUUGAAUUCAUCUUUAAUUGAAACCACUAUAGGUUCAUCAUCGUCAUCAUCAUCAUCAUCAUCAACAAUAUCAUCUUUAUCGGCAGCAAUGAAAACAACAACGAACGAUAUAAAAUGUUUAACAUCAUCAAAAUUGAUAUCAAAAUUUCGUCGAAAAGAAUGUUAUCUAGCAUUACGUGAACAUCAACCAAUGUAUAAAAAGAUUAAAGAUUCAGCAUUAAUACAGGAGAUUGAAACAUUAUUGACAACGUAUGUGGAUAAAUUUCGGCCAUCAUUUAAUUAUACACUAAUCACCGUAUUGGUUAUGGUCAUCAUGUUCAUAUUGAUAUUGAUGUUAUUUAAAUUUAUAAUUUCAUUGACAAUCAUUGAAACAAUUUUGAUGUCAUUGAUAAUCAUGAUUAUUGCAUCGAUUGGUUUAUUAUUGAAAUUCAUAACACAUCGUACAGAGAUUAAUGCAAUCAAAGCAAUUUUAAAUGAUAUACAACGUAAAAAAACAUUUCAUCCAGAUUAUGGCCUAUGUAAUGAAUGAAUGAAUGAUAAAUAUUAGUUUUAUUUUGGAAAAAAAAAUUUGCCUUUCAAUUUUAAAUGCUAAUGGAUGGACGAUAUUCAUUCCAAAACCUAUUGGUGGUACAUACCCUUUAUUUAUAUAAUCAAAUUGUAUCGAACAAAAUUCCAGAAUACGAUCAACAAUAUUCCAAAUAGGAAUAAAAAGUGAAAAUUCAGAACAACAACAACAAAAACAAAUUCGUUGUGCAAAUAUUUUUCAAAUUUUUUUUUCUUGCUAUAAAUAGAUAUAUAUAUAGAUUCUUCUAAAUGUUAUUCGUGGCUGGCUGGUCCAAAAUUACCAAUUAUUUAUGAUGAGAUUGUGUUGAUAGUUAUAAUAAGAAAAUUUUAUGAAAAUUAA